AUGCGGGUUAUGUCAGGGCCGAAUGUUGAAGUGAGGACAACGAUGAAGACGAGGAGGCGUGUUGUGCGGUCACCAUGCUCAGUGUUGAGACUGCUGCUGCUGGCUUGUAUCGCCGACCUUUCCAUCGGGUUCUUCUCUUCCUCCUUAGUCAUCCUCCCCACGGGAGAGACGCAGAGACUUGGCGGCAGAGGGGAGGAGAGGGUCACUAGGACCCUCGGAGUUGGCAGGCUAAGCUGCAAGGAGAAAGACUUUAUCGAUCCCUCGGAGAUGGGAAAAGUAGCAACAGUGGGAGGAGACAAAUCACAGCCCAACCUCGUUCGACUCCGCCUGGUCGCUCAGCACCUAUCUCCAAGAUCCAAUACUAUGGUUGAUCUUGCGACCGUGCUCGUAGAUGCGCAGGAGCUUUUGAUGAAGCUCUUGACUCUGCAGCGAUACCAAACAUUGUUUCUGCGGAAAAGCAAGACAUGCUCUCUCUCUCUCGUUCUUUGCUCCCACUCGUACAUCUCGGACAUGAACAAGGAGUGGAAGGGAGAGGACAUAAGUGCGGACGACCUUCGCUAUCUUUGCUUCCCGCAGAGCAUAGGAGGGACCUUAGGAGAUCUCAUCCUCUCCUACGAUAGUGCUUCGUGGAUAGCACAGAAAGAAAACACGGAUUUGAAUUAUCAGUUACGUUGCUCUCUGGUGGAUGGAGUCCUUGCGCUGAUUGGAAUCUCCGAUGAGCAUGCUUUCGACGAGGUAAGGAACAAGGUCAUGAGGGACAUGGGUUGGAAGAACAGUCAGAAGAAAGAUCAGAACCGUUCGGCAGCGCUAUCCGAGGACAGAUUUGACUUCUCAAGGAUGUCGUUUUCGUAUGACUGGGAUGAAAACUCUUCUCCUUCAGAAGAGAUUGAGAGCCGAAGGUCCAGCAGGUCUGUUCGCGGGUCCAACAGGCAGCAGGCAAGCAUGUCGCGGACCUCGUCCUUGCGAAGGUCAAUCGCGGAUGACGAAGAGCAAGAUGAAUCAGAACAAGUGAACUUCUCAGUAUUGAAGCAACAGAUUGACGAUCUUGCUGGUCGACUGAAGAAGGUGGAAAAUCGGGUACGUCGUAUAUUUGUCAUCAAAAAAGAUUCCGCUGAUGCCGAUUUUGUUUUCAAGAUGGUCAGGUUAGAAGAAGAAAACAAAUUUCUUAGGAGCAAACUUCUAAGAUCAAGUGGAAAUGAAUCAUCGAGAUGA